AUGGUCGAUGCUGCAAGUGGAGGAACUUUGGUGGAUAAAACUCCCGAGGGUGCAAGGAAUUUGAUUGCAAACAUGGCAGCCAACUCUCAACAAUUUGGCACUAGACUUGACACUCCUUCUAGACAUGUUAAUGAGGUAAAUGUUUCAUCUCUUGAACAACAACUUGCGAGUCUAACUUCUCUUGUUUAUCAAAUGGCUGCAGGUAAUAUGCAAAUGACGAAGGCAUGUGGAAUUUGCUCGGUGGCAGGACAUCCAACUGACAUGUGCCCAACUCUCCAAGAAGAUAAACAAGUUAAUGGAGUAAGCAGCUUUCCUGAACAACCACAAAGGAAUUAUAAUCCUUACUCGAAAACCUACAAUCCAGGAUGGAGGGAUCAUCCUAAUUUUAGCUAUGGGAAUCAACAAGCUAGAAGCACAAGGUUUGGGAGAAUUAUCCUCUCAACCAAUGGUCAAUCCAAGGAAAAUGUAAGUGCAAUCUUGUUGAGGCGUGGUAAGGAAGUUGAAAUUCCAAGGGCAGCCCCUACAUCAUUGGAGCAGGAAAAGGAUAAAGAUGUCCUUAAAGAAAAGAGUGUUCCCAACGAUGAUGGCGUACCUAAGCGUAAGUUUCCACCCCUUUCUAAGUAUAAACCAGUGCCCCCUUUCUCUCAGGCUUUAGUAGAACCUAGGAAAGAUGAACAUAAUCAUGAACUUUAUAAAAAUUUCCAUAAAUGUGAGGUAAACAUUCCAUUGUUGGAUGUUAUUAAACAAGUACCUCGUUAUUCUAUGUUCUUGAAGGAAUUGUGUACCCUUAAAAGAAAACAAAAACUUAAAAGGUGUGAAAAAAUAAACGUAGGGAAAAAUAUUUCUGCAGUCAUUCAAAGAAAUCUCCCUACAAAGUGCAAAGAUCCAGGCAUGUUUAGCGUCCCUUGCACGAUAGGUAACACUAGGUUUGAAAAAGCCAUGUUAGACUCAAGAGCUUCUAUUAAUAUCAUGCCAUACUCUGUGUACGCUUCUUUAAAACUUGGACCUUUGAAUGAAACUGGUGUCAUAAUUCAACUAGCCGAUAAAUCUAAUACCUAUCCUAAGGGUGUAGUUGAGGAUGUUCUCAUGAAGAUUAAUGAUUUGAUUUUUCUUCCUGACUUCUAUGUGCUUGAUAUGGAAUAUAGUCAUCAAACUAUUCCCAUUUUGCUAGGAAGACCAUUCUUAAGGACGUCCAAAGCUAAAAUAGAUUUUUAUAGUGGCAUACUUACUAUUGAAUUUGAUGAAAAAAUCAAUGAAUUUAACAUUUAUGAUGCCAUGAAACAUCCUGAUGAAACUAACCCUAUUUAUUCUAUUCAAGUGAUUGAUAAUUUAGAACAGGAAGUUUUAGAACUUGAUGAAAACAAUGCAGUGAAAGUUGCCAUUGAUAAGCAUAUUGAGGAUGUGAAUUAG